AAAGAAGCUGUGGUGCCUCGGCGUUUGACUUGUUUUCUUCGCCUAUUUCACACAUAUUGUUAUUGUUGAAUUAAUAUACCGUGCUUCUUUUGCAUUUAUAGAUAUUUAAUUUGAUAUUGCCAAAAUGGUUGUAAGGCAGUACAACGAAGAACUUAAAUAUUUGGAGAAGGUUAAUCCCUAUUGUUGGAAAAUUAAAAAGGGCUUCCAACCUAAUAUGAACGUCGAAGGAGUUUUCUACGUAAAUAAUACUUUAGAAAAGCUCAUGUUAGAUGAGUUAAGAAACGCGUGUCGGCCGGGUAUGACUGGAGGCUUUCUUCCUGGUGUAAAACAAAUAGCCAAUGUAGCGGCGUUACCGGGUAUUGUGGGUCGAUCUGUCGGAUUGCCCGAUGUCCACUCUGGAUACGGUUUCGCUAUAGGUAACAUGGCAGCAUUUGAUUUAUCUGACCCUAAAUCAAUAGUUUCUCCAGGUGGAGUGGGUUUUGAUAUUAAUUGUGGUGUUAGACUUCUGAGAACAAAUUUACAUGAAAAAGAUGUACAGCCAAUUAAGGAACAACUGGCUCAGAGUCUCUUUGAUCACAUUCCUGUGGGGGUGGGAUCUAAGGGUAUUAUUCCAAUGAAUGCUCGUGACUUAGAAGAAGCAUUAGAAAUGGGUAUGGAUUGGUCUCUUCGAGAAGGAUAUGUUUGGGCAGAAGACAAAGAACAUUGUGAGGAGUAUGGUCGUAUGUUAAAUGCAGAUCCAUCCAAGGUCAGCUUGCGUGCAAAGAAAAGGGGUCUACCACAGCUUGGAACACUUGGUGCUGGAAAUCACUAUGCAGAAAUACAAAUUGUUGAUGAAAUCUAUGAUAAGUAUGCUGCUGGAAAAAUGGGUUUGGAAAGAAUUGGUCAAGUAUGUGUUAUGAUCCAUUCAGGCAGUAGAGGAUUUGGACACCAAGUUGCAACAGAUGCUCUUGUCCAAAUGGAAAAAGCUAUGAAAAGAGAUAAAAUAGAAACAAAUGAUAGGCAAUUGGCUUGUGCCAGGAUAAACUCUGCAGAAGGCCAGGAUUAUUUAAAAGCAAUGGCCGCCGCUGCUAACUUUGCAUGGGUCAAUCGCAGCUCAAUGACUUUCUUAACACGUCAGGCUUUUGCAAAACAAUUUAAAAUGGCUCCAGACGAUUUAGAUAUGCAUGUUAUCUAUGAUGUGUCCCAUAAUGUAGCAAAAAUUGAGGAACAUAUUGUGGAUGGCAAAUUAAAAACUUUGUUGGUUCAUCGUAAGGGUUCUACCAGAGCAUUUCCUCCACAUCAUCCACUCAUACCGGUAGAUUAUCAACUGACUGGACAGCCAGUUCUUAUUGGAGGUACUAUGGGAACAUGCAGCUAUGUCCUCACAGGAACUCACCAGGGAAUGACUGAAACCUUUGGAUCUACUUGCCAUGGAGCUGGGCGUGCAUUGUCAAGGGCUAAAUCAAGACGUAACUUAGAUUACAAAGAUGUCUUAAAUAAAUUAGAGUCUUUGGGAAUAUCAAUAAGAGUUGCAUCUCCCAAAUUGGUGAUGGAAGAAGCACCAGAUUCAUAUAAAAACGUAACAGACGUAGUGAAUACAUGUCAUGCUGUCGGCAUAAGUAAGAAAACUGUGAAAUUACGACCCAUUGCUGUAAUAAAGGGUUAAGAUAUUAAAUAAGAAUGAAGCAGGAGAUUCAUAUAAAAUGUAACAGAUGUAAAUACGUAUCUGCAUGCUCCUAGUAUUCUUAAGACUGGAAAAUUACAACUUAUUGCCAUUGUUAACCUUGUGGUAAAUGUAAUGUUUUAUAAAUUGGUACUUUUUUAUUUAAAAAACUGGUUUAUAUAUAAGUGAAUUAUUAUUCAAAUUAAUUCAGUGCUUUCUAUAAUUUGUAUACUCUUGUAAGAUU